AUGCAGUCCUUCUUAUCGAGCAUACGAGCUCCUCGAGCUCAUGAUGCCGUCCGCUCUUUUAUGCGAUUCUCAUCCACGAUGACGGGCAACAACUACGUCAAGAGACUGACCAUGUUCAAAGUCGCCAAGGAGGAGGAUAUACAAGCCGUCUUGAAGGCUUAUGAGGUGCUCAGGAAAGAAGCCGCGAGGGUACGUACCACAACUUCUUCAGAGUGGUCGUGGUGUUUCGUUUCCUUGCUAACGAACUUGAAGAAUGGCCAGCCCUACAUCAUCAGCAAUGUCUCCCGAAAGAUUCUGAAUACCGGUUCGCCGUUGAGUGAAGGCUACACGAUUGCGUCGCAAUCGAUAUUCAAGGAUCACGACGAUCAUCGGUUCUAUGAUCAAGAAUGUCCGGCGCAUCAAGAGUUGAAAGUAUGCAGGCUCUUCAUCCCACGCUGGGGACUUCUGUGCUGAUGAUAGCUAUAGAAAACCACCAGCAGAGUACGAACGGGUGUCAUGACAAUUGUGACUGAAGGACAGUGGCCGGAACCCGAGCUGUGA